AUGCAUGCUUGCUUAGCGCAGCAGGAGCAGCAGCAGCACGAGAAGCAGCGGCUGCUGCGGCAACGGGCGCACGGGGACCGUGGCGCUGCUGCUGCUGCUGCUGCUGCUGCUGCGGCGGCGGCGGCGGCGGCGGCAACACAGAUCAGCAGCAGCAGCUGUUGCAGUAGCAGCGAGAAAAUUAUUAAAAUCAUCUUUCACAGCGCAUUUUCAAAUGAAGAACCCUUUAGUACAAGGGACUUAGCACCAAGCGAAGCCAAGGGCCUUCUCAUAACUGCGCAGUGGGAGCUGCAGCAGCAGCAGCAAAUGAGUCAGCAGCAGCAGCAGUAG